AAUUUUCUUAGCUCGAUUCAUUCAUGAUUGUUGACGGUUUUCCGGUGCGUACAGUCUGCCGAGUGGUUUUAAGCUUAGAAAUAAUAAUCAUGGUAUAAUAAUAACAAAUUUAGCUGAAGUGAUACGUCUCAAAACGAUCGAGAAAACAAUGAGGAAGAUUUUUUCAUAACGAAGGUAAACGCACAAUAUGCUUUAGUGCCUUCUGACCUUGUUCGACAUAAUUACGAAAAUUAAGCUUUUCGUUUUGCGAUGUCCUAAGCCCGAGGGCAGAGCCAGAUACAGUAUUUCAGAAAAGACGUACAAUAUGUUUAGUCCGGUGCAAAUAAAGCAGGAAUAUACAGGAGUGGAGGACGCCAAUCAGAGUAGUAAUACUGGUAUCCCAGGUAAUUCUGAUUAUCCAGUAUUUACCAAUCAGGAUGUGGAUUACAUGUGUCGUCAGCAAUUGCAAUUUUGGGGACAAGCCCAAUUGCAUCAAAAUCCAAUACCUAUAGAUUUACCAUCAAAGGGUGACUCAUUGGCUCGUCAAGAUCUAUCUCAGAUGGGUCAAUCUAUGCCUCAGUUGGCAGUAUCUAGCUACCUUCAACAGCACAACAUGCCGUUUCAAGUAUCACCGCAUCCUCAAGAAGCUACUAAUGAAACUCAAACAACUCAACAAAAUCAAUCAAACAUUACUCAACAAGCUCAACAGAGUCAACUUUCUCAAAUUAGUCAACAGCAGCCAAGUAUAAAUCAAUCGCUGCUGGGAAUUCCUUCCACUUCGCCAGUCAAACAUAAUGGUCCUGGACGGCCACCCAAGACAUCAGGAGGAGCUGGAAGUUUGAAAAAGUUGAAAUGUCAAUGCGAAGUUUGUUUCAAGGAGUUUGGCCACAAGAGCAAUUUGUUCAUUCACAUGAGGACUCAUAAUGGCGAAAGGCCAUACAAAUGCUCUCAAUGUGAAAAAUGCUUUACUCACAGCGGUAAUCUGGCUAUUCACAUGAGAACACACUCAGGCGAAAGACCAUACGCGUGUCAAAUAUGCGGAAAAAUGUUUAGCCAUAGCGGUAAUCUCUCAACGCACUUACGCACUCAUUCCGGAGUUAAACCAUACAAGUGCAGCUACUGUGCGAAAGAAUUUAGACACAGUGGGAAUCUUUCUAUACACGAAAGGAUACAUUCAGGAAUAAAACCGUUUCAAUGCAAAGUUUGUGGCAAGCAGUUUUAUCACAGCGGAAACUUGACCACCCACAUGAAGAAACAUCCUGGAAUAUUGAAUGCAAACUCCGAACAGUGCGAGAAUAGUAGUGAUAUAAUAGUGAGUUCUGUUCGCAUCAUGAAUAACAGCAACUCGGUCAAAAGUGAGUGUAACGAUGAAGCUUCGUUGGAUGAUCCGUCUGUUUUGAGGUCCCCUCCGAGUUAAUAGUUUCAAUGAAGAAUCUUCCAUGAAAACUUGAGAAAAUAUCCAAAGCAUUUAUGUACUAUCUCAACAUCGCUAGCUCUUCAUUUUUAUGUGACUCUAAAUCUUCAUUGUGCUGCGUAAUACAGUUCUUAAUUUCACAUUUUAAAUACAUAAAUGAACAAAGCCAUUUGUUCAUGAAACUAUUUUACAAGCAUCUGUUAGUAUUAGACAAUCAUACUAAUACUAAAAAUGAAAGCUCUCGUCAUAAAAUCAAGUUGGGUUAAAUGUUCUCCAUGAAAAAAUUUUUAUAAACACAAUGAACAAUUGUUAAUCUGAAAAUAACGGCAGUACUCUGACUAUUUAUGACCAGCAAUGUACACAAAGUCCAUGGUGGCCACUAGUCAGGGAAAAUUGGGAACUCAGGAAAAAGUUGGGAAUUUUUUUAUUCUUCCAGCAAUUUUAUGAUAAAUUAUUAUUUAGAACAAUAU